AAUGCUUUCAAAACCAAAUACAUUGCUAAGGCUGAAAGUGCUGAAAAGGCACCUUCUGCCUAUUCCGUGCAGAACUAUUUCUUCAGAGACAAAGACCCUUCGCGGUUUUGAUAGUGGAGUCGGGUUCCUACCUCAUAUGGAGAAGAGACAUAAGGGAGGCGAGGACGCCUACUGAGUCACAAAUACUAUGAUUGCGGUAGCUGAUGGAGUUGGUGGCUGGGCUCAAUCAGGAGUUGACCCUGCAAUUUACUCAAAGAAAUUAUGUCUGAAUAUUAAAAAUAAGUACCUUGAGGAUAUUGAGAAGAAUUCUGAUGAUGAAAAUUCAACCGUAAAUGACCCCUGCAAACUCUUAGCUUAUGCAGUCGCUGAAAAUCAUGAGAAAGGAAGCAGUACAGCUAUUAUAUGAAUGCUUGAUAGCAAUGAAAAUUACUUGCACACAGCCAAUUUAGGAGAUUCUGGGUAUCUACUUCUAAGAAAGAAUGGAUUUCAAAUUAACACACUUUUCAGGUCAAAAGAGCAAACUCAUGGUUUUAACUUCCCUUUCCAAGUUGGAGUUGGAGGAGAUGAUCCUCUGCUGGCAGAUGUACAGAAACAUGAAAUUCAGAAUAAUGAUAUCUUAGUUGUGGGCAGUGACGGGCUAUUUGAUAAUAUGUAUGAUCAUCAGAUUACAGAUAUCAUUAAUCCAUUCAUUAAAGACAAGGAUGAAAUACUUGAUACGGAAUUAGUAGCUCAGUUGAUAGCUAAGCAAGCUGAGGCUCUUUCUCUGGAUCCUAACUGGAAAUCUCCAUUUGCAAAGCAUGCGUAUGAUAACUACUAUGAUUUUAAAGGAGGGAAGCAUGAUGAUAUCACUGUGUUGGUCUCUCAAAUACGGAUCAGGGAUAUUGAAUAAUUUCCACCAAUAGAAAAA